CGAGAAACUGUCGGCAACGUUCAAGAUACCUUUAUUUUGUUCUAGUUGAAUGAAAAAACUCUUACCAAAGUGGCGCUUCAUUCAAAAUAUCUUUUUACGUCAAGAAUUGGCAAAUGAUUGACAGCUUCUUGUAUUAAGCGUCGAAAAUGUAGCAAACAACAUGAAAAAAGGUUGAAUGUUUUUGCAGUAACUGCAGUGGUAAGAGAUCACGCAUUGACUUCACAUACAAAAAGUACUGAAGUUUUGACUCGCCAAGUUUUUUCUUUGUAAAACACCAACGCCAGCUCCGUAAUUAGACAUUAUUGUCACUUAGCAGCCAUGAAAGUGGUGGAUUGUUGAUGUUUGCGUGUGGGAGUAUAAAGAAGUGAUUUAAUAUCGCCGAAAACUACCUACCUUUUUCAUUUCUUCAUCUUGAAUGGUAAGUGCUCUGAGUGCUUUUGUUGAAUUUGGUCGUUUUCUGUAGCCUUUCUCGCGAAGACCUCUUGCCUUUCCCUUCUGCCUGAACUUGACAAAUUCUUGCUUCGCUAUGCAAAUUUUGCUAUCAUUUUAUCUGUCUAGAGUUGCCUUCGUGCAGACGUCUCAUAUACCGUAAAUGAUCCCCGGCUUCCGGUCGAAAAAGACACCCUGUUAAAGACGCUAAAUAAUGAAAUUAUAUACCCUGUUUAAGACUCAAGACCCCGAAAACCAUACCCUGUUCAGCGGCACAUACCCGUAUAGGCAAAAUAAGGGAGUGCCUCCUCCCCUGGAGCAAAUAUACCGUAAAUGAUCCAGAUGCAGGGGGAGUUUAUAUUCAAUCUUAGGGGUCCAAGAAUGAGCGUUUAAUAGAUAGGAGGCGUUUAUUCUCAUACUACUGUGCAGUGGCGGAUACAGAGGAGGGGCCCGAGGGCCCCCCCCCCUCUUAUUUUUAGACUAAACUGAGGCCCGAAGGGCCAAAAAAAACUUUUUUUGAGACCAGACCCCCCGGUCUAUCAAAGGGGCUGGAUAACCAACCCCCUUCUUUCAAAGUCUGGAUCCCGCACUACUGUGACGCGCUGUACAAAACUAAUAUGAUUUCAGCGAAAAUACCAAGAGAAUUUACAAAUAGCACAAUAUAUAUUCUUCCAGUCAUUGAAAUGUAUAGGCCGUCAAGAGACCAUAUCGCUUUCAGUCAAAUGUCAACUGCUACAGUGUCAUCGUUAGCCUAUCCUUAUUUUAAAUAUGACUUUAAACAAGAUGCAAAGUCCAAACCCUCAAGAACGAAACAAAUAAUUUGCAUGAUAUUGCUCCUUGUUGUUAUUUCCUCUUAUUUUCAGUAAUUGUCAUGGGAGCGUCUAUUAGACGGUGGCGUUUUCUUAGAUCGCGGCGUCUUAUUAUAAGAAACUUAAUAAUUAACAUCUUAAGAAGUGGGGGCGUCAAUUCAAUUAUUUACGGGAACCCUCAGACUAUCCAGCUCAAUAUAUAGUUAGAGCCGUCACUUUGCAAAUUGCAAGCUCCUUGGCUUCGAAUUCACACACACUGUCGUUGUUAAUACUCUUUCUUUUGGCCAACGCCUCUCCAUCCAAGUCUUAGGAUUUUUUUUACUCUAAAUUGCUAUUGUUUGUUGUGAUCCGUUUUUGCUGUUAUACCAAUAUUACUCUGAAAUACUCCUACGUAUACUACCCUUUGGGGCACUACUAUUAACCAAUCAAGUCUCCUCGGCAGAUAACACUAAAUCUCAACGAUUGGCAUAAUUCUUCAUAUCAUACGAAAGCCAAAUUCCGUAAUUGUUUCAUUAUUCAUUCAAAAUAAUUUUUCCAACUUCAAAACACGCUUUCCUCGAUCGAAGUAAAGUCUGGAUCUCCGUAACUCAGCAAAUUUAGGAUAUAAAUGGUUUUUAAUUUUGACAAGCAGAUUUUCUUCAAAUAGAGGUUGUCAUCCGUCCAGGGCUAAAUGUAUUAAUCGCUGUUUUUGCUACAUUUCUAGGCAAUAGUUAGGCUAUUUCUUCUUUGCAAAACGUGUGAAAUUUUCCAACUUUUUCUGAAGCUCUACCAAGACAGCUGACCUAACUUUCUACCUUGCUCUCGUCUGUCCCUUUUUCUGUUGAUACUACACAAUUGAUGUCAAAUUGUAUUGCCCUGAAUAUCGGCAAAAUUCUUCCAAAUUUGCGUGUCAACGGUAGAUAACUGAAUUAUGAAGAAUCAACCUGGGGAUUUAAGCCAAUCAGAAACAGGGAAAUAUUUUGAAUGGAUAAUAAACAUCAUUUUCACUUCCCACUCGCUUAAAAUAAGACGGUUCCAAUUAUAAUGUCCUCUGUAUUCCGCCUUGCGAUUGCUCUUGAUUUUUUUCCAUUUUUACGGUGUCGUCUUUAGAUGUUAAACAAUAACAGCUUCCCAAGAUACCUGACAAAUAUAUCGAUACCGACUACGCCUCCCGCUUCAGCUGUAGCUUAUUCCUCUGAUUCCUACCUGCUGCCAGUAGCGUUUGGUUUUAUUGCUGCCCUGGCUUUUAUUGGCAACGGUCUUUUUUGCAUUCUUAUGCUGAAGAAUUAUCGGAUGCUCAGAUCUGCAUAUAACUUGCUGAUAUUCAGCCUGGCUGUGACAGACAUGAUAACAGGUAAACGUUUUUAGAAAUCAAAUCAGUCUUUUCCUAGUGUGAGUGAGAAACUAUUGUACACUAAGAUCUCCAUACAUGAAUGGCCAAUCAGGUUACACUUGGUGACGAGUGUGAAAGUAUAAAGCGUCUUUGAAGAGGUUUCCUACCUAUUUGAAGAGACCCACUGUACAUAAUACCGUAGUUGUAGCAUAGGAAAAAAUUCCUAUGCAAACACAAAUUAGGAUUAUAUGAACGACACACUAUUUUAUUGCCAUUAAAUAGACUUUCUUAAGGAAGUCUCUAGCUUUUAAACACAGUCUUUGCAAGUAGUAGGGACUGACGGAUUUUGAGACCAUCUUCGCAUUUAAUUUUUAUUUGCAAAAUCGCUCACCAACCACUCUUUUCAUCAAUAUCAGGUUAGGCUCGCUGUUUUUCUCAAUUUAAAAUAAUGAUUCCUUAAGACUGUAAGCUCUCCGGAAUUUUCCAACGUUAAACAUAGUUAAACAACUCAGCCAUAGUUUUCUCAUGUUUGUUUUCCCUCUUAGUGAGAAGUUCCCCGCAUUAGCCUCGCAUUCAUGUUCAAGACCUACUCGUCCCAAGACCGUCGGGAAUACGAAUAUUGUCUAUUAAUAUUUCUUUCCUAUUUUCAAGGAGUGAUUAUUGGUGUGACGCCAAACUACGUUGUCCCCCUAGGAUCCUACCAUGUUCCCGGCGGAUUACCUGGGGUAAUUUUCUGCAAAGUCAUUUGUUCCGGUUACUUCGUGUUUCUACUUGGUAAAGUUUCCUGUCUUACGGUCACGUGUCUUGCUCUGGAAAGAUGGUAUUCUGUGGUUAAGCCUGUCAAUUAUCGACUCAAGUUUAAAAGACGAAGAGUUUAUGUGUAUCUUGUAAUCAUAUGGAUAACCUGUCUCUUAUUGCAUUCAUUAAUACCGUUUCAAAUGACGCUUGAUGAAAAAAACCUGCGAUGUGUGUGGAUAACAUCCGAUUUCCCCAAAGAACUAACAGUAAUGACUCUCACCAUCGUGACAUUCUUUGUUCCAAAUGCAGUUACUUGGGUUACUUAUCUUCACAUUUCUUUUACGCUUAAGACGUCUACAGCAAUUAAUAAACAUAAUGCUCGUUUCACUCGCACACGGUUUAAGCUUCUGCGCAUGUGUAUUAUGGUAGCCCUGCUUUUAACGAUAUGCUGGUUUCCAAAUCAGCUUUAUUUUGCCUUGUCGUCUUAUGACAUUGUCAGACUGGAGUCGCCUUUCCAUCACUUCACUAUCGUCCUUGCUAUGUUCAACUCGUGCACCAAUCCCGUCAUUUAUUGCUCCACAAACCGGGAAUUUAGAAAAGGGUUUCUUAUGCUACUUUGCCCUUCCUUUAAUUCCUGCCGAUGGAAGGAACGAAGAGAGAUAAGUCUAGCACAGGAAAACAGAUUGAGAGUAGCAAGUGGAGAAUUUGAAAUGGAAAAAUUUGACGGUGGUGUGAUGUUGACUUUUCGUAAUUUGGUCAAUCAAGGGUACGAAGUCGACGACUGCAAGCAACAAGAAACCAGUGGUGUUUGCAGUGAGCUUAUUUGAAAAAUCGGUUAACUGGCUUUUCUCUUCACUUCAGUCUUUUCAGCUGUGGUCAGACUUGUUACACUUUCGCUAAGCUUCCGGCUGACGUAGACGAAGCGGACUGCGGUUUUACAGUCAGCGUUAGUUCAACAGGUGGUAAGUGCGCGUACUCGGGGAAAGUGGUCCCUAGCUUCAUUCCUGGCGAUAGGAACCCAUGGGCCCCUGCUGGCGAAAAAUGACUGAUUGGUCGAUACGCGACCACGUGACAUUUCCUUGAUUCAACAUGUCGGCAAAACCUUCAUCGUAUCUUGUUUAUAACUGCGGUUUAUGAGUUGCAUGCAGACUGCGUAUAUUUUUUGAAUGGCUUAAACUUUUUAUUAUCCUUUAUUAUAUAAUGAGCCGGACAUUUUGUUCCUGAAAAGAUAAAGCGAAAUGUCUGCAGCUGGUGUCUACUCCAACAGACUUUUAUCACUGAAACUCCAGCUUGAACUAAAGGAAGUUCAGCGUCUGCAUCAACAAUGUUUCCAUUAUGAACAGGCGCAAUUCAGUGAAUAACACUUAACAGCCGAUUAUGACCGAGUUAAUUUUCUCUACUUUUUUCUUUUUUUCGCUUCCCAUUCCCCUUUCUAGGUUUUUCGUUUUUACUUAACAUCCGUAAAAACCAGACUAAGUACUAUUUUAGUGACUAAAUUCACGCGGACUAUUUUAUUUUGCAUUUAGAGUAUUGUCAUGGUGUACAAUAUUUCAAGUUCAUCGUUAACAUCCGCCAAUUUAUGGAGUACGCAAAUGAGGUCAAGUGUCUUGCAUCAGAUAUAAAAGAUCUAAAUACAUGC